UAUACCUACUUAAUUCUUACUAAUUGCUUUCAGAUUGUGUGGGAGUACUCUUGUUAGUUUGGGAUGCGAUUAAUAUAUUGAUAAGAUACACACGUGUCCUAAAUAUUAAAAUAAUCAAUGAUUUUAUCGUCGAUUAUCUCAUUUGCGACAUUUAAAUUGGUACUAAUAAAAUUACAUUAUCUUGGGCAUCCAAUAUCGGCGCAGAACAAAGUCAGUUUGUAGUUGUAACUAAAAGUGAUCAAUAGGUUCAACAGAAAGGGAAACUAAAAAAAAAUGUCUCGCGAUGAGAAAAUAGAGGUGAGGGAAAAUUGUAGGGAGCCUCAGAAAGGGUUUGACUUAGAUGACAUCCUGAAGAACGAGGUGGGCCAGUUAGGGAAGUACCAGAUCGUUACCAUCCUGUUAGCGUCGUUCCCGGUUAUUUUCUCCGCGUUUGCUGCUGGCGAAUAUAUUUUCACCACUGCCAGGAUACCUACCAGAUGCCUAAUACCACAAUGUGACGUUGACAACCCUGAGUAUGCUCCAGAAUGGGUGCUCAACGCCAUCCCAGGGAGCAGCACCAGCAGCUUCGACAACUGCGCGCGAUAUCGGAACAGCUCCGCGGCGAGCGGCGGCGCGGGACAGUGUGCUAAGGAGUGGUUCGACUCCACACAGACUGAGCCUUGCGACGAGUACGUGUACCAGAACACGCUGAGCAUCGUGUAUGACUUUGGGUUGGCAUGUGACGAAUGGAAGCGAUCUCAAAUAGGAUCGAUCAGAACGAUUGGUACAUUGCUGGUUCUCCCCAUCACAGGCUACAUCUCGGACCGCUGGGGCCGCCGCGUCGCCCUCAUCAUCAACGCCGUCAACACCGGCUGGCUGGGGCUCGUCAGGUCCUUCGUAAACUCCUACGACUGGUUUCUUAUCACUGAGGUCAUUGAGUCCACUAUUGGUGCCGGGGCCUAUUCGUCAUGUUACAUUUUAGUUACUGAAUUGGUCGGUCCAAAAUACCGAGUGAUCGUUGGAACCACUAUGUCGACAAUGUUCGCAUUGGGGCAAGUUUUCCUCGGGCUGAUCGCCUGGGGCGUGCCCGAGUGGCGUUCUCUAACUCAGAUCCUCUACGCCCCACAGUUGCUUAUCAUAACUUAUUUCUGGAUCAUGUCUGAAUCGGUCCGCUGGCUUAUGAGCAAAGGUCGAUACGAAGAGUCGGAAGUUAUUCUGAAAAAAGUAGCAAAAAUGAACAAUAGAAUACUGUCCGACAAGUCCUUGGAAGCGCUGCGUGCUACCGCAGAAGCUGAAAAAUUAAAAGAAAACCCUAAAGAACCUUGGCUGCCGAUUCUAGUUAUAAGAUCUCGCCCUAUAUUAUUGCGAUGUAUUGUUUCUCCAAUCUGGUGGAUCACAAAUACACUGGUGUAUUAUGGAAUGUCCAUUAAUGCUGUGAAUCUAUCAGGGAAUAGAUAUCUGAACUAUGUUUAUGUAGCUCUGGUAGAAAUUCCUGGAUAUUGGACUGCCAUCUUGCUUCUGGAUAGAAUUGGAAGAAAGCCGGUGUUGAUAGGUGGAUAUUGGUUGUGUGCAGGUUGCCAAUUCGCCUUUGCCUUUAUACCGAGUGGCUUCUACGGGUUGUCCUUAACAUUCUACCUCCUUGGCAAAUACGCUAUCGCCAUAGUCAUGACUUCCGUGUACGUGUACACGGCAGAGCUGUACCCCACCAAGUACCGCCACAGCCUGUUCGCCUUCUCCUCCAUGGUGGGCCGACUUGGAUCCAUCACUGCACCUCUUACACCUGCACUAGCUUUAACAGUUUGGGAGAGUUUCCCAUCCGUGCUGUUCGGCUCGUUUGCGCUGUUGUCUGGGCUCCUCAUCUUCCUGACUCCGGAGACCCUGGGCACGAAGCUGCCCGACACCAUGGAGGACGCUGAGCAACUGGGCUUGCCUAAACGAAAAUGAUCUCUAUACCUCGUACCUCACAUACAUAAGAUUAA